AUGAAGUUCUCUCAAUCUCUUCUCUUCACUCUCCCAUUCCUUCAAUCCGCCGUAGCCCAGGGCGGUGGCAUGGUCGGCAUCGGCUGGUCCGUCGAGAAUGUUCCCGAUGAGGGUUUGAGUGAGAUCUACUUCCCCAUGGACAUCUCCGGUUCUCCUCACGAGGGCGGUUUCUACUUUGCCCAGCAAUUCGGCUUCGUCAACCAAAAGGAUGUCGGCUACACCGGUCUGCAGCCCCGUUCAAACGACCAUGGCCUUCCCGUCAUCCAUGGAGUCUUCUCCAGCUUCAAUGAGGGCACCACCUCUGACGACCCUAACUGCAGCGACGGUGCCGACGGUGGUGCCGGCGUGAGCUGUGCCGUUGAAAUCGUCAGCCCCUUCGAGCACCAAUAUCAGCUCCACAUCAAGAACACCGAGGGAACCAAGUGGGUCGGUACUCUCGUUGAUGUUGUCAAGGGAAACAGCACUCAGAUUGGCUCUUACACUCUUCCUGCUGGAUCAAAGGGUAUUCAGAGCUCUCAAAUGGGCUUUGUGGAGUUGUACGGCUGGAACGACGACAAGAAGGAGCACGUGUGCUCUGAUGUGCCCAAGCACUCUGUUAUUUUCGGCGAACCUAUCUCCAAGGGCUACUCUGGAGCCCUGAGUGCUCCUUACGAGUACGGUGACUGCGUUGGUGAGUCUCAAUUUGAGUCCCACAGCCACUCUGAUGGCAGCUACUCGGUCACUGUUGGAUGGUAA